AUGUCCUCCGAAUCUAUUGUUAAGAACUCUCAAUGGAGAUUGGUUGAAGUUGGUCGUGUUGUCUUGAUCAAGAAGGGCCCUUCCGCCGGCAAGUUGGCUGCUAUUGUCGAAAUCAUCGACCAAAGCAGAGCUUUGAUCGACGGUCCAGAAACCGGUGUCCCUCGCCAAUCUGCUAACUUGGGUCACGUUGUUCUAACCCCAUUGACCUUUGCUUUGCCAAGAGGUGCUAAGACUGCUGUUGUCGCCAAGAAAUGGUCUGCAUCCGGUGUUGCCGAGAAAUGGGCUACUUCCUCUUGGGCUAAGAAGAUUGCCCAACGUGAAAGACGUGCUGCUUUGACUGACUUCGAAAGAUUCCAAGUUAUGGUUUUGAGAAAGCAAAAGAGAUACACUGUCAAGAAGGCUGUUGCCAAGGCUUAA